UGGAAUGCUAAGAAACAUUAAUUGUUAUUUAAUUAAUAUGAAUUUUGAAUCAUCUUUACGUGGGAAUGUGUAACGCUAUAUUUUUCAGAGCCCCGCUACUUACUCUUUUAAACCAGUAUUUCAAAACCAGAUAACUCGAUGUACAGAACGUGAACUCACAGCUUCAGUUUAAUCAGGCCAAAGCUUAUUGAUUUCACCGUGUAACAAUUUUUUUUUUUUUGGUUCCUGGGUAGUAAGUGUUAUUUCCUAAUUGCUUAUGCCUCAAAAGUAUAGAAAAUAGCUAUUAUUCCCCACAAACUUUGCUUUUGUGACCAGGACAGUGAUAUUUUGAAAUUUACCUAUUUUCCAGAACAUUCCAGAUAGAUUCAGUGCUGAGUAAACUUGGAGUAACUUCUAGAACUUUCUAGAACUUUCCAGUAAUAUAAAUAGUAGUAUAAAUACAGGGGCCUUUAGCCCACCAGUUCAGUUUAGUUCCAGCUGCCUAAGUGGAUACAUAUCUGCAUUUUUCUGAGAUGGCAUCAAGAGGCUGCAAGCAUCCGGCAGACGCAUUUUGCUAUGUCUGUGGCCAAUUUAUCAAGACAAGAGCGAAAAAGUACUCCGUGGAAGCAUCUGCUAAGAUGUGUGAGGCCUACAAGGCAUAUUUCGGCAUGCCUGUCGGGGAUCAAGACAAACCCUGGGCACCUCAUUUCACCUGCGAGCACUGCAAAAAAACUCUGGAAGGAUGGUACAAAGGGGAAAAGAGAGCCAUGAAGUUCGCUAUCCCAAGAAUUUGGCGGGAACCCACUGACCACUCAAGCAACUGCUACUUCUGCAUGGUGGACUCUUCCAAACGGACCGAGUUCUCUGUGGGGAGGAACAACGUGGUGCUGAUGCCACCACUGCACAUCAAAUUGGGCCUUAUGAAACAAUUUGUCAGAGCUCUAGAUAAGGAGUCGGCAGCCUUCAAGUACCUUCAAGACUUCUUCCCUAAGCUGUCUGAGGCAAAGGUCAAAGCCGGUGUCUUCGUCGGACCACAGAUAAAGAAGAUCCUGGAGUGCAAUGAAUUCCCCAAGAAGCUCACUAGUAAGGAGAAAGCGGCUUGGAACAGCUUUGUCGCAGUGGUUCGGGGCUUCCUGGGCAAUCACAAGGCCGAAAACUAUGUGGAGCUGGUUGAGACUCUGGUGAAGAACUACGGGUACAAUGGGCUGUAGGAUGUCCCUCAAAGUCCAUAUCCUUGAUCCUCAUCUUGAUAAAUUCAAGGAGAACAUGGGAGCAUACUCGGAGGAGCAAGGCGAGCGCUUCCACCAGGAUAUACUGGACUUUGAACGCCGCUGCCAAGGACAGUAUAACGAGAACAUGAUGGGAGACUACAUUUGGGGGCUGAUUCGUGAAAGUGAUUUACAGUAUAAUCGUAAAUCUCGAAAAACUACUCACUUCUAAAUCUUUUGUAGUCAUUUUUGUAUUACUUUAGUAUAAAUACAUGUUAAUUUGGAUUCAUAUGUUGUUUUUUUCUGACUUUAUGUGAUUGAAAAGACAUAAAUUCACCCGUUUUCUCAUUGGAAAUAGGUAAAUUUCAAAAUAUCACUGUCCUGGUCACAAAAGCAAAGUUUGUGGGGAAUAAUAGCCAUUUUCUAUACUUUUGAGGCAUAAGCAAUUAGGAAAUAACACUUACUACCCAGGAACAAAAAUUGUGUUACAUAGUGUUUUCAUCCUUUU